UCAUCCUCCUCCUCCUCUUGACGUCGCGUGCGCAGUUUUGCUGCAGCCCGGAGCUGAACACAGCUGUCCCGGUGCGAUCAAACAACAGUGUCUUGCUGCAACGUUAAAUUACUAAUCUCUGGCUACUCGAACUGAACGAAAAACACAAGAAAGCGAUAAAACAGAUCUGGUAAAAUUAAAGUGGACCCACUGUUAUCUGUUCCCUCUCUGUUUUGGUUCUGACCAAGUGGGUAUUCCUCUACAAAUGGAUAAUGGAGACUGGGGCCAUAGGAUGAAUGCUCCUGUUACGUUGAACGUAGGCGGCCACCUAUACACCACCAGUAUUUCCACCUUGCAGCGUUAUCCAGACUCCAUGCUUGGUGCCAUGUUCCGGGGAGACUUCCCCACAACUCGUGAUUCCCAAGGAAAUUAUUUCAUCGACCGCGACGGGACGCUCUUCCGGUACAUCCUUAACUUCCUGCGGACAUCUGAGCUCACCCUUCCUGUGGACUUCACGGAGACAGACCUGCUGAGGAAGGAGGCAGACUUCUAUCAGAUUGAACCUUUGAUCCAGUGCCUUAGCGAUCCCAAACCGCUGUACCCCCCUGACAUCUUUGAGCAGGUUGUGGAGCUCUCUAGCACUCGAAAACUGUCAAAAUACUCAAACCCGGUUGCUGUUAUCAUCACCCAGCUGACCAUAACCACAAAGGUUCAUGCCCUGUUAGAAGGCAUUUCAAACAAUUUUACCAAGUGGAACAAACACAUGAUGGACACCAGAGACUGCCAGGUGUCCUUCACCUUCGGACCGUGUGACUAUCAUCAAGAGGUGUCCCUGCGGGUUCACCUCAUGGACUACAUAAUGAAACAAGGCUUCACUAUUCGGAACACGCGUGUGCAUCACAUGAGCGAGCGUCCGAAUGAGAACACUGUGGAGCAUCACUGGACUUUCUGCAGACCAGCUCACAUAGUUGAAGACUGAUUAAACGUCGGAUCAUUACAGAGCAAAUCAAAUUUCAAUAAAAGUACAGACCUCAGUUUCUGUAAUGCAUUGCUAAUGUUUUUUUCAUUCAUAUUUUGGUCAAAGUGGUACAGUGCCCAAAACUUGAGGUCCAGACAGCAAAAAUAACAAAAUGUGAAUUUUGUUACUCUGAUCAAACAAAACAUGUCACUGGUGCCCCUACUAAAACUUUGACUUUUUUUCUGAGAAAAAAAUAGCAUUUCUUGGAGACUGAAAGCCAUGAAACUAAGAUUUUAGUAUUUUAUAUUAAGUUUAGUAGACUUUUAGGACAGUUUUGGAAAAAAAAUGGUGACGUAAAGUUGAUAGGAAAAAAUGACAAGAAGUGAGUUGAAAAGGGAAAAAAAAUGAUGUAAUGGUUAUAAUUGUCCACCUGUGAGAUUCAGUGCCAUUAAAAUGAAAUAUUUCAGUCUUGAAAUAAAAUCUUUAUAUAAUACAAAAUGAAUAGAUCCUCACAAGGAACAGUUUGCUCUCCAGGAGUGCACUUUUUAUAAUUCUUAUAACUUAAGCUCAAUAAAUUUCUGAUAAGUAAAAUUAGUCUCUUAUACCCCUCUUAGCUCUUUGUGUGGUACUGUUUCUGAAGCCCUGAUAGUUGUUGCAUGUGUCGUGUGUGUGUGUACAAUUCAUGUAUCUGUUGUAUGUUGCUUUUAUGAUACUGUGUCAAAAUGUCAUCAGCAGAAAUGUGCUCGGUCAUUUCAGCCAAAAUAAAUCCUGAACAUAUGACUCAA